ACGGGCACAUGAACAGCCCAGCGGGCUAGGUUUGGCGUAGCAGACGAGGAAGGGAGCCGGAACUUGAAACGCGCUCGCCCUUGUGACUUGUCCGUUUCUUCGUCCGCUCUCCCGGCCACCGUCGGGUUUUACGCCCUCUCCCCACAGCUGCCCCACCGACCCCCUGGCCCUCUCUCUCUCGAUCCCCUCCUCCCUUCUUCACUGCCCUUUAUCUGAUCCUCUCGUUUCCUGCCUCUCCAUUCGCUCUCUCUGCGUCCGUGUAUCAGUGGUUGCGCCCACCCACCCCACCUGAAAUUUCUUUUCUCGAGCUUGUGUUUUCGUCUGACGCAACGAUCCAAAAGCUGCUGCGCUGCUGUCCUUUGAACAUUGACCGGAAUUCAACCCUCUUGGCUCCGGAAAAUCCACCACUCACGGUUGAACUCAACUCCCGCAUAGCGACGCCGUCGGAGAUUGAGAAAUUCGACUAGGAGAGGUUAAGCUCUCGCUGCGAGGACAGACGGUUCAACGAUUCCAGAAUCUGACCGUGGGCGUUCUUUGUGCGUAGCCGUCUCAUUCUUUCAUUCCCUUUUUCUUUUCUUUAGAUGGGAACUGUGAAGGGAGGCUGAAAGCCACCCGGCACAAAUUUUAUUAAAGUUUGACGAGGACAAAAGUUACAUGUUCAAACUGAAUUCCGCUAAUUUGAUUUGAUUUGAUUUCCCUAGCCAGUCUCACCUUUUGCAUGUUUAAAAUCCGGGCGCUGGAAAAGCGCGCGUGAGAUACCAAAAAGCCAUUCCACGCAGAGCACCCAACCACGUCUCCUCCCUCCUUUCGCCCUUUCCCCGUACGAGAGGAGCGGUGGGCGUCAGCAGUGAGCCUAGAAGGACACGACAAGCCCAAACCUUCCAUACCAGUGUAGUUCAAUUUAAGAAGUCGGACAAAGAGAGAGAUCGGAGGAGAGAAGGAGGCGAUGGACGGGGACACUAUCCGGCGAGCCCUGGCGGCCUCGGGCCCCUACCUCCUCUGCUGCGUCAUCCUCUUGGUUCUCUUGGAGCAGCUCUCUUACCUCCGGAAAAAAGGGCCCCUCCCCGGCCCCCACCUCAUCGUCCCCUUCAUCGGCAGCGCCGUCCCCAUGAUCCGCCACCCCACCCGCUUCUGGGAGCGGCAGGCCGCCCUCGCCAAGUCCUCCGGCCUCGGCUUCUCGGCCGACUACCUCGUCGGCCGCUUCAUCCUCUUCAUCCGCUCCACAGAGCUCUCCCACAAGGUGUUCUCCAACGUCCGGCCCGACGCCUUCCACCUGAUCGGCCACCCCUUCGGCAAGAAGCUCUUCGGCGAGCACAACCUCAUCUACAUGUUCGAGCAGCGGCACAAGGACCUCCGCCGCCGCAUCGCCCCCAACUUCACCCCCCGCGCCCUCUCCAUAUACCUCGCCAUCCAGCAGCGCGUCAUCCUUUCCCACCUCCGCCGCUGGCUCGAACUCUCCUCUCCCUCCAAGCCCCUCCGCCUCCGCCUCCUCUGCCGCGAUCUCAACCUCGAGACCUCCCAGACCGUCUUCGCGGGCCCCUACCUCACCCCCGCCGCCCGCGACCAGUUCAACCGGGACUACAAUCUCUUCAAUGUCGGCCUCAUGGCCAUCCCCUUCGACUUCCCCGGCUUCGCCUUCCGCCGCGCGCGCCUCGCCGUCACCCGCCUCAUCCAGACCCUCUCCGGCUGCGUCUCCCAGAGCAAAGAUCGGAUGCGCGCCGGCGAGGAGCCCUCCUGCCUCGUCGACUUCUGGAUGCACGACAGCCUCCGUGAGAUCGCCGAGGCAGCGGACUCCGGCGCGCCCCCGCCGCCGGAGACCGGCGACCUCGAGAUCGGCGGCCACCUGUUCGACUUCCUCUUCGCCGCUCAGGACGCAUCGACCUCGUCGCUGCUGUGGGCGGUGGCGCUGCUGGAGUCCCACCCGGAGGUGCUCGAGAAGGUCCGGGCGGAGGUGGCGGCGCUGUGGUCGCCGGAGUCCGGGAAGCCCAUCGGCGCCGAGCAGCUCCGCGAGAUGCGGUACACAGAGGCGGUGGCGCGGGAGGUGGUGCGGUUCCGGCCGCCGGCGACGAUGGUGCCGCACAUCGCCGGAGAGCCAUUCCCGCUGACCGAAUGGUAUACGAUCCCCAAGGGCGCGAUCGUGUUUCCGUCGGCAUACGAGUCGUCGUUCCAGGGGUUCACCGAGCCUGACCGGUUCGACCCGGAUCGGUUCUCGGAGGAGCGGCAGGAGGACCGGGUCUACAAGCGCAACUUUUUGGCCUUCGGUGCCGGCCCCCACCAAUGCGUGGGCCAGCGCUACGCCAUCAACCACCUCGUCCUCUUCAUCGCCAUGUUCGUCUCGCUGAUCGACUUCAAGCGCCACCGGACGGACGGCUGCGAUGACAUCGCCUACGUUCCUACCAUAGUCCCCAAGGAUGAAUGCCAGGUGUACCUUUCCCAACGUUGCACCCGCUUUCCCUCCCUCCUGAUGUGAGCCGUUCUUCUUGCAGGCCAGAUUGGAUUUCCUUCGUCUCGUUCUCCGUCGCUCUCUUCUCACAGUGUGUGUAAUGGUGGGUUGUUUUGAUGGUCCAUUUUAUUUAUUUCUUUGAGACCUUCGGUGGUCCGAUGUUUGCUGGUAAUGAAGGACGGCCGUGCAGCGGUACCGUUGCUCCGCUGUCUGCCAGAAGUACAUAGGGAGUCAGUUUGAUCCAGAUAACAAACAAAUGGAGGAUUGCUGAAGUGGGAGGUGUCCUUUCGUUGUGGUUUCCUUUGUCUUGACCAACUGUUGAUUCCAUGUUUAUUUCUCUGUGACUUUUAGUGGAUUCUUUUCUUUUUGAAAAUUCUGAGUGCGUGCUGGUUCACAUUAAGAAGGAAGGCUAGUUGGACCCCAAGAUAAGAACUGUAAAGCUAAUAAUAUAUUCUACUAUCAGAAAUCUUUAAAAUAGAGUUGCUUAUGCUUCUAC